GCCGGCCCACUAACGGCCCCGGACCCGGGGAGGCGGGACCAGGAAACGCCCAAUGCGCAGACUCCGCGGCCGCACGCAGGCGCACAAGGGAGAGGCCACGAGGGCGGGGCCACGAGGGACGGAGGGAGAGUGCGACAGAGGGCGGCCUCAGGCCCGAGUGGCCGACGUUGGGGCCGUUCCGUUUCUUACGCCUUCGGAAGGCUAUGCGGGUGCCCAUGGCUUUGCAGGGCGUCUCGGUAGUGGAACUGGCCGGCCUGGCCCCGGGCCCGUUCUGCGGUAUGGUCCUGGCGGACUUCGGGGCGCAGGUGGUGCGUGUGGACCGGCCGGGCACCCGCGGCGACCUGAGCCGGAUGGGCAGGGGCAAGCGCUCGCUGGCCGUGGACCUGAAGCAGCCGCGGGGAGCGGCGGUGUUGCGGUCGCUGUGUGCCCGGGCGGAUGUGAUGCUGGAGUCCUUCCGCCCUGGUGAGCCCCAGAUCCCGACGCUACGCGAGACCGGACGAGGGACGCUCCCCGAAGAAGGGAGGCCGCCGGGCAUUUGGGGUGUGAUGGAAAAACUCCAGCUCAGCCCAGAGAUUCUGCAGAGGGAGAAUCCAAAGCUUAUCUACGCCAGGUUGAGUGGAUUUGGCCAAUCAGGAAGAUUCUCUAGGGUAGCAGGACAUGACAUCAACUACUUGGCUUUGUCAGGUGUUUUAUCAAGAAUUGGCAGAAGUGGUGAGGCUCCAUAUGCCCCGCUGAAUCUCCUGGCCGAUUUCGGUGGGGGUGGCCUCAUGUGCGCACUGGGCAUCCUGAUGGCGCUGUUUGAACGCACACGCUCUGGCAAAGGUCAGGUCAUUGAUGCAAACAUGGUGGAAGGAACAGCAUAUCUCAGUUCUUUUCUGUGGAAAACCCAACAAACAGGACUGUGGGGACAGCCUCGUGGACAGAACAUGUUAGAUGGUGGAGCGCCUUUCUACGCAACCUACAGGACGGCGGACGGCGGGUUCAUGGCUGUUGGCGCAUUAGAGCCCCAGUUCUAUGAGCUGCUGCUCAGGGGACUUGGGCUAAAGUCUGAUGAACUUCCCAGUCAGAUGAGCAUAACUGAUUGGCCAGAAAUGAAGAAGAAAUUUGCAGAUAUAUUUGCAAAGAAGACAAAGGCAGAGUGGUGUCAGAUCUUUGACGGCACAGAUGCCUGCGUGACUCCUGUUUUGACUUUUGAAGAGGUUACCCAUUGUGGUCACCACAAAGAUCGGGGCUCAUUUAUUAUUGAUAGUGAGCAGGAUGUGAGUCCCCGCCCUGCACCCCAGCUGUCCAACACCCCAGCUGUCCCUUCGUCCAAAAGGGAUCCUUUUGUAGGAGAACACACUGAAGAGAUACUCAAAGAGUUUGGCUUCAGCCAGGAAGAGAUCAGUCAGCUUAAGUCAGAUAAAAUUAUUGAAAGUAAUAAACCAAGAGCUAAUCUCUAACUUCUAAGCCCCACAACUCAAAUAAAUUUGAAUAUUGCAUUUACAGUAUAGAAUAAUGCAAAAAAUUGUAUGCAUGGAAACAUGAAAAGCAGUAUCACAGUGGUCCAACUAUUCUGAUCAGGAAACAAGGCUGAUUAUAAAGUGAUGAUUGAAUUCUGAAAACGGUUAACAUCAUGGCUUUUGAUUUAGGAAUAUUUUUAGUUGGCCUAUACUAAAUUGUGGCAGUUUUUCUGCCUUCCAAUUUACUUGAUUGGUUAUAUUUGUUGAUUUAAAAUAUUUAUAUAUUUAUAAUAUACUUUAAGUGAAUUACUAUAAUGCUUUAUAUUAAAUAAAGCUUUUUUCCCCCCGAAGUUCACUCAUGCUUUUAAGUUUGUGAAAAACUUUCAAGAAAGUUCUUUAAAUAGAAUCUAAAUCUAAAUCUAAAUCUAAAAUCGCCUUUGUUACUCCUUGAAAUAUUUUAGUCUCUACUGUUAACCAGAAUGAAUGUCCUUAGAUAGAAAAGUCUGAUCCUUUUAAUUUGGUAAGGAAAUCAUUCAGCCAGUGUCUUGGAACUGGAAUUUUAGAAAAUGUCCUGAGAUUUCCUUCAGAUAGUUGCCACCUCUCCAUCGAGACCUGCUCCUGUGUGUAGCUGCCUGUUGGUAUCAUCCAGAUGUGUCUCUUGAUCAGUAAACUCCACCAUCAUGCAUUUGAAAGUGUUAACUAGACUUUUCCUCCUCUUACCAGUCUCCAGCUUCCACUCCUGUGCUGUCUCCCUCUGCCCCCAGUAGGCCCCCACGGCUUACGCCUCACCUCAUAUGGCCACUGUUCACAUGUCCCUUACGGAGAGUCCUGACCCCUGUCCAGGAUGGCAGCUGCCUUGUCACUUGCUCUCCCCUCACCCUAUUUCAUUUUCCUUCACACUGUGUAUCACUGCUGACAUGCUGAUUGACCCCAGCCCUCAUUCCUUAACCAGUGCAGGCUAGAGCGGAAGCUUUAUGAAGGACUUUGUAGGUUUCAUUCCUGGGUUUCAUUGCUAAGUCCCCAGUUCCUAGAGUAGUGCCUGGCCCAUGACUGGAAACUUGGUGAAUAUUUAUUAAAGGAAUGAAACUCAA